GUCGGAUAAUUUGUCUGCUCCGGCUUAACCUCUUUAAUGAAGAGGUUAAGUUAGGUAUUCUUUUUAGGCAUUUAUUUAUAAAUUUGGAGAUAUAUUGUUGUGUGAAUACAUUUAAUGAGAUAAAUACACUUAAUUUCCGCGCAGGAUAAAUAGUGUAGUACUGUCUGUCAUGUAAUAAUUAUUAAUUUAAUUUUGUCAUUAGAUUCUGCAAUCUUUCCAUGAUUACCUAUUUCUGAGUGAAGGUGGUAUAACAUUUUCGUUUCUAUAAUUUGUUUGUAUUAUAUCAUAUCGCAAACAUGUUGCCCAUCUGCAUCCUGCCAAAAUACACUAUCAGACCAUCGAGCAUAGUGUUAUCCCAAUGGAUUAAUGUUACUAUGAGAUCGUGUAGUUCAUCGUCAUCAUCAGACUCGUCAUCAUCCGACUCUGAUUCCGACAAUGAAAAAGCAAAACCAAAGCGCAUGUAUGUUAAAAGUACGGAUUAUGCGACAUCAAAUGAUGGCAAGAAUCUGGGGAGUUUUUUGGAUACUAUGAUACAAAAAAAGACAUCUGAAAAUCAGUUAAAAGGAUCAUUAUCUGAAAAGAUUGCUUCAAAGAAAACGGAUCAAAAGACUACAGAAUCGAUAGAAGGAGCCACCAAUUUGAUGGACUAUGUAAACAACAUGAUGGCAGCAAAGAAGUUAGAGAAAACUAUUGACGUUGCUAUGCCUAAGAAGAAAAAAUCCAAAGACACAUCAAGAUACAAUCAUUUAUCCUAUGAAAAAAAAUUAACAAAAGCAGCGGAGGAUGUAGCUGAUACAAUUGGAGGAGAUAAAACGAAGACUACAUCCGAAUUGCUUGAGAAAGUUCUUGCGUCCAGGAUAGAAGUAUUAAAACAAGAACAAUCAAGCAUUAAGCAAAAGCUACAGGAAAUCAGCCAAUCGGCAGAAAAUAAAAACGAAGAAAGUUAUGCAACACAGAAAUCUGUAAUACAUGAUCUGCUCAAGGAAUACAGGAAACAAUCGGUUGAAGGUAGAAAACAGAAGAAAGAAUCAUUACAAUUUAAAGCGCCCUCUAAAACAUCCGCACAGCAAACUACUUAUGUAGAAAAAUCUCGCAGGCAACAUAUCGAUCUAUGGAAUGGAAAACCCAGUGGCAUUUUCGACACUAUGGGAUCCGCAUCGCCAGACACACCGGAGCUGAAAACGUGGACGGCAUUACACCAAAGAGAGUUAAAAAUGCUAACGGUUUAUCCGCCCGCCAACAUCUUUCAAGAAAUGAUUCUUUGGACAGAACAAGGAAAAUUAUGGAAAUUUCCUAUCGACAAUGAACAAGGAAUGGAAGAAGAGCAUAAUGUCCAUUUCUCAGAACACGUUUUUCUGGAACGUCAUCUGAAAGGCUGGUGUCCCAAGUCGGGACCGAUACGUCAUUUCAUGGAGUUAGUGUGCAAUGGACUCUCGAAAAAUCCGUAUAUGACGGUUCAAGAGAAAUUCAAUCACAUCAUGUGGUACAGAGAGUACUUUGAAUCGAAACAAGACCUACUGCGAGAGAUAGGGGCUAUUCAGGAACCAUUCCCUGAUAAAGCAAAAGAGAUUCAAGAAAGCAUCAUGCCAAAGAAUAAGGGAAAGGGAGGUAAAAAUAGAAGAAGAGGAAAGAAUGAGAACGAAACUGAGAAGAGAGAGUUGGUGUUCAAGGAAGAUGGACAAGAAUACGCUCAAGUGACAAAAAUGCUGGGCAAUGGUAGAUUGGAGGCCAUGUGUUUCGACGGAGUUAAACGAUUGUGUCACAUCCGAGGGAAACUUCGAAAGAAAGUAUGGAUUAAUCAGGGAGACAUUAUAUUAAUCGGAUUGCGGGAUUAUCAAGACGCCAAGGCAGAUGUUAUAUUGAAGUACACAUCCGACGAAGCGCGCAAUCUAAAAACUUAUGGAGAAUUCCCAGAGACUGUACGUAUCAACGACACAGUUACCUUCGUGGAAGAUGGAUUUGAUGAAGACAUUGAAUUCGGUGAUGAGAUCAGUGAUGAUGAUGAAGAUGAUGUCGAUAAUAUCUGAUGAUCUGCAAUGUAAUAAAGCAAAAAAAAAACAGAAAAGUACAUCACGAGAAUGCAUGGGGACACUUAUUCAUUUCGCAGAACGCAGUUAUACGAAGUUUCCUCCUAUCAAGAUAGCCCAUCUCGUUGUAUCUAUAAAUAAAUUGUCAAUAUAUGGAUAACACUGUAUUCCAGCCCGAAGUUACAAUUGUUCGCAAGCAACUUGUAAAUUUGAUAACAGAAUGCGAGCUCUCUUUUCCGAUAACAAAAUUACAGAGGUGACAUUUAGGAUGAUAAAUAAAAUUUCACGUUUUACUUUAACUGUAUGCCAGAUUUGCUAGAUCUGUAUCGCUGUACAAAAUCAGUAUAUCGUUGUACAACCGUUUUCCUGUAUAUUUCUUAUUCAUUUACGUUGCAUUACUAUCUGCUAUACUAUAAUAACACGUAUGUAAGCUGUUAUUUAAACAGGAAAUAGAGAUAUCACUAUGUACAUCACACGCGGUGAGUACUUUUUUAUACUACGUGCUAAAACUUCUCUCUAAAAAUAUCUAUCAACAAUUCGAGUAAUGUAAGAAUUAGGUGAGAAUAUUUAGAACUAGAAUUGCAUUGGUAAAUUAAUAAAUUGCUGAAUUAAUAGAGCGAUAAAUUAAAAUCCAAACGCAUGUUUGGCUCUUAGUGGCAGUAAUAUUUCCGUAUUGUAUUGUCACAGUCUGUAUGGGUUAAUGUAGACUAUUAAUGUGGCCCUUCAUUGCGGCAAGUAACGUGUGUUAGGUAUGAUUCUCACGACAUACGUUUUGUUAUCAGUGCAAUUAUUCAGUGUAUGUUUCUCUAGUAUUGAAGGGGAAUUGUAGUGCGCCACAUUGCGACAAUUAAUAUCAAUAACAACGAAAAUAUACUAAUUAUUCCAUCAUUUUUGUAUUAAUCUAAAGGAAUUUGGGAAAUAAUAUUGAUUAUAAUUAAUUAAAUACAAUUAAAUGAAACGAUACAAAAUUGUGAACUUGAUUUUUUUUUAUGUUGAAUAAAAUUGCGUGUAUUUAACAAAUUAAAAA